AUGGCGGACGACGAAUCACCACUUGUUCGAGACAUCUUAAUUAGUACGGCCCUAAUGCACGAUAUCAAUGAUGAUAGCUUGGAUCAUGUCGAUAUGUUGGAUACUGAAAUUGUAAGCGAUGAAGAGGCUAUCGUUUCACCAUUUGAUUUAUUUUCAAUGAACUAUAAUACUAAAGAAGAGGAAAUAUUAGUAGAAUCAUUGUCAACUGAUCAAUUUUUAUCAGAUUCUAGCUUUGAUUUUCAGCCACUUUCUCCUAUUCAAUCAUCGUCUCCAUCGAUCUUUACUAAUUGUUCAGAACAUAUUGUUUCUAGCUAUACUCCUUCAAUUGAUUCUGAUUAUGAACCCUUUUUUUCAUUAUCAUUUAGCAAUCCUCCCGAACCCAUCUAUCAUGUACGCUACUUAAGUGAAAUUACAAAUUCACCACUCGAUGGUAACAUAGUCAAUACGAAGAAGAAAACGAAAAAGAACGUUUCUGGACGAUAUUUAAAAGGAACACAUGGUCGACAUGUUACUAUCGAUUUUCCAAUUAAUCUACCUGAUUAUUGUGAAUUUUUCAUUCGUGUUACUCGUCUUACAGUUCCAUAUCAAAACGUUUCGUUGAUUCAUCCAUAUCCUCUUCUGUAUUCACCUCCAAAGAAAAAAACAGAUACUGAUGUUGUCAUAAAAUCACCAUCAAUCUAUUAUAAACUCAGCAAAGAAGAAAUUUUUUCUCAUUCAAAACAAUUUCCAAAUAUCAUUCUUACUCGUCGUAAACAAUGUUACCUUAAAACUUUAAAUUGUUUACCUUCAUUUGAUAACACUGAUAUCACUUAUCCAUUUAUUGGUAAUAGUGCAAAACAUAAGAUUGCUAGUUAUGAAUUAAAAAAAUCUCAACUUGAUUUUCGUCUUGUGACACGAUGUAAUGAAACAGGUGAAUUCAUAGAUCUUAAUAUUUCAUGCCGAUCAAAUUCAUUACUUGAAGAGGAAGGAACUGAAUGUAAAAAAUUAUUAAUGGCACCAUCGUUAUAG